CAUUCGCCUUCCCGCCAAAAAGGGAGGGAGGGGGAAACGGGGGAGGGGAGAGAUAAAACAAAGAGCAGCAGCUACAAAGAGCAGCUGGGCUGCAGAAGAUCGCAACUCGCUGGAGAGAUCACGAUGAAGAUGGCGGCGGCGGCGGCCUCUGCACCACCUCGUGGUGGACCCUCGUCCGAUCAAGGGGAAGGCGACAACAGUCUGCAGCCAUUUUUCCUUCUCCAUAAAGCGGCCUCCUCCUCCGACAAAUCCGAUCGGAAACCGUUCCGGAGGAGGAUCCCCUCGUCUCCAGCAUCCCCGAAUAAACCCGGCAAGUCGGAUGACGACGAUUGCUCCGGGGAUCAUUCCCACGAGCGCUUGCGAAUGGAGGCUUUCCAACAUGCCUGGUCUGAUAUCGAGACUACCAUUAAGGGUGUCCUCCAGAGUAUCGACUCUGGUACAUUCGAGGCUAUAUAUUCCUCGAUCAGUGACUUUUAA